AAUUAGGGUUUUAGUUCCAGAGUCUACUGGUAGAACGCUAGGUGGGAAAUCAAGGACGCUUCAGCAAUGGCAUCUAGGGUUUCGCUCAAGAGCAAAGGCAAAUCAGGGAAGGGAUCGAAAGGCGCAGAGGAUAAAUCCACCGUUCAGCACCUCAAGGAAUGGAGCACCUGGACGAUGAAAAAGGCUAAAGUGAUUACCCAUUUCGGCUUCAUUCCUCUGAUCAUCAUCAUCGGCAUGAACUCCGAGCCCAAGCCACAACUUUAUCAGCUCCUCAGCCCUGUCUGAUUCGAUCGCGAUUUCAAUUUAUCUCUAGUAUUCGAAUCUACAUGGUGCUAUGUUUUUGAGAUUCGGUGUUCUUAUGCGACUUAUGUAUGGAUAAUUAGUUUUUAUCAUAAUAUAAUUUUGGAUCUUUG